GCGCGCCCUCCUCGGGCGGCCCCGGGCGGAGCGGGAGCGCGCGAGGCGGGAGCGCGCAGCCCCGGGCCCGCCGCCUCCUCUUAGCCGCCCGCCCGCCGGCCCGCGGCCCCGCCCUCCAACCGACUGCGCCCGCAGCCCCGCGCCAGCACCCUUGUUCCCCGGCGGCCGGAGGGCUCCGCAGCAGCAUGAGCGGCGGUGGCGACGUCGUGUGCACAGGCUGGCUGCGGAAGUCGCCCCCAGAGAAGAAGUUGAGGCGCUAUGCCUGGAAGAAGCGUUGGUUUAUCCUGCGGAGCGGCCGGAUGAGUGGUGACCCUGAUGUCCUGGAGUAUUAUAAGAAUGACCACUCCAAGAAGCCCCUGCGGACCAUCAACCUCAACUUCUGUGAGCAGGUGGAUGCAGGACUUACCUUCAACAAGAAGGAGCUGCAGGACAGCUUUGUAUUUGACAUCAAGACAAGCGAGCGCACCUUCUACCUGGUGGCUGAGACAGAGGAGGACAUGAAUAAGUGGGUCCAGAGCAUCUGCCAGAUAUGCGGCUUCAACCAAGCUGAGGAGAGCACAGACUCCCUGAGAAACAUCUCCUCAGCCAGUCAUGGCCCCCGCUCUUCCCCGGCUGAGUUCAGCAGCUCCAGUCAUCAUCUCCUCCGAGAACGAAAGUCUUCUGCCCCAUCGCACUCCAGCCAGCCAACCCUGUUCACAUUUGAGCCCCCUGUAUCCAACCACAUGCAGCCCGCCCUGUCCACCAGCGCCCCCCAGGAGUACCUCUACCUGCACCAGUGCAUCAGCCGCAGGGCAGAAAGCGCCAGAAGUGCAAGCUUCUCCCAGGGGACCAGAGCCUCAUUCCUCAUGCGGAGCGACACGGCAGUGCAGAAGCUAGCCCAGGGCAAUGGCCACUGCAUCAAUGGUGUCGGCAGCCAGGUCCAUGGCUUCUAUAGCCUCCCCAAACCAAGCCGGCACCACACCGAUCUCCGAGACAGCACCUACGACCUGCCCCGAAGCCUGGCAGCCCACAGCCAUGCCAAAGGCAGCCUCACCAGCUCAGAGACUGAUCCCAAUGACGUGUAUACCUUCAAGACACCCAGCAACACCCUGUGCCGAGAGUUUGGGGACCUUGUGGUGGACAAUAUGGAGGCCCCAGCCACCCCACUCUCCACCUACCAGAUCCCCCGGACAUUCACACUGGACAGGAACCACAAUGCUAUGGCCAUGGGUUCGCCUGGGGACUCAGCUGUGGCCCCCCCACCCCGGCCCCCAAAGCCAAGCCAGGAGGCCCCACGCUGGGGCAGCCCACAGCAGAGACCCCCUAUUGGUGUUGGAGACAGCAGGGCCAUCGCCUCUGCUGCCACCAUCCCCCGGCGUAACACUCUCCCUGCCAUGGACAACAGUCGGCUGCACCGAGGUCAAGAGAGAGAAAUCAAUCAGCAAGGGAGAGACACCACAGAACCCUGCUACUAUUUGUGGGGCUUCCCUAUGCCAUGGGACUCCCUGAGUCCCACACCCUCAUUAUAUGCUUCCUCCUGUGAGACCUACGAGUACCCACAGUGUGGAGGGGAUGGUGCAGGCCGCUCUGCCGAGGCUGCAAGCCAUGGAGUCAGCCCUUUCCUGCCAGGGAAGGCUACCUUGGGCAGAUCUGACAGCACUAAUUCCGAAGACAACUACGUGCCCAUGAACCCUGGUUCUGCCAGCCUGCUGGCAGUGGAGCGUGCCAGUGAUGCAGCCCAGAGUGUCUACAUUCCCAUGAGCCCUGGGCCCCACCACUUUGACCCACUUGGCUACCCCUCUGUGGCCAUACCCCUGCACCGUGGUCCCAGCCGAGCCAGUGAGAUUCAGCCUCCCCCAGUCAACCGCAACCUCAAGCCGGACCGGAAAGUGAAGCCCACACCACUGGACCUGAGAAACCACACCGUCAUUGAUGAGCUGCCCUUCAAAUCACCCAUCACUAAGUCUUGGUCUCGGGCCAUCCACAGCUUCAAUGCCAGCUCCUCACAGUACUGCCGCCCCAUCUCCACACAGAGCAUCACCAGCACCGACUCUGGAGACAGUGAAGAGAACUAUGUCCCCAUGCAAAACCCCGUGUCUGCAUCCCCCAUCGCCAGUGGCACGAGCAGCCCAGCCCCGAAGAAGAGCACUGGCAGUGUGGACUACCUGGCCCUGGACUUCCAGCCCAGUUCGCCCAGCCCCCACCGCAAGCCAUCCACGUCCUCCAUCACUUCAGAUGAGAAGGUAGACUACGUACAGGUGGACAAGGAGAAGACCCAGGCGCUGCAGAGCACCAUGCAGGAGUGGACAGACGUGCGCCAAUCCUCUGAGCCUUCAAAGGGUGCCAAGCUGUGAUGUGGGUCUGGCUUCCCUUAGCCUCCACCCACCCUGAUGGCUCUGCCAUGCCACCCUUCACCAUCUGUGACAUCAGUGACACAGAGCCCUCCCCAGGAGAGGGGUCCACUGGAACCACUUCUCCAAGGGUGACAGUCAUGGCUGUGCCUCUUCCCACCGUAGUUAGAGCUGUUGCCCAAAAAAGCACCUUCAGCCUCUUCCUGACCCCGAGACCCACUGUCCACAGUGUGGCAGGAAGCGCUGAGGCUCCAGCUAGCUGCCCUGGGUCCAACCCUCAGCUGUAUGCCACUGAAGUCAAAGACCCAGGGAGCUGCAGACCCUCAGACCAGAGAGGACCUGGCCUGUCUGUCUGUUGUGGAAAAGGAAGAGGAGUGGAAGGAAGGACAGAAGUGGACCUGGGAGACCAAGGUGUUAGACACUGGAGGUGGAGAGCGGGGUCUCCUGAUGCCAUGGGCAGGAGAAACAGAAGAUGAGGAAAAAAGGAAGGGACCACGGAACAUGGUGGACAAGUAGGAGCCCAGGGACUAGGUGGCAAAGACACCUCGGGCUCAGCCUGGAAUUGUGGAGCCCUGCAGGCACCCACCCUGUCCUCAAGCACAGAGCAGCCCUUACCCACUGGGGAUAGGUCACUGGGAAAGGCCCCAGGCAGAGCAAAGUGGCCAGGGAGCCAUGGACACCAGCACAGCAUGAAGGAGGGAGUGCAGGCCCACAGGCCACCUGGGCCAAGAGAGGGCUGGGCAGAAGCAUGGGGUAUGAUAUGCUUGGCAGCAAGUGAGUUCCUAUAAGGUAGCAAGGCAGGUAGAGAGAGGCAUGCAGGGCCUGGUGGAGACCAGGCACAGGUUGAAGAAUGGAAUGAAGGAGCAGGUCAGGUCAGAAGAUUGUGCGAGCUGGCAUGCACAGGUGACACAAGGCAGACCCCAAGCAAAGGGAGGACUCUGAUGGCUGGCAGGUGUGGGCAAGGCCUGUUUCUCUUCCCUGUCCCCUCACAUUCCAGGAACAAGGGAAGGAACUCAGGGCCCCCAGGUACAGGGGAUGGGGUGGGUGUCAAAGAAGAGGUUCCUUUAAAAAGGAGAUGCCUGAGACAGGCCUGAGAGGAAAAGGAGUCUGAUACAUUCAGGGGCAAGGAGAGAAGAAUGUGGCCCAGAGGAUGGAGAAAGAGGGCAGGUAAGCUGUAGGGACCUCAGUCCUGUGGGAAGCCAGGCCCAAUGGGACCUGGGGAACAGUGGGACUUCAUGUUCCACAGGUGAAAGGCAGUGGUUCUGUGCCCAGCCCAGUUUCUCUCUCUGGACCGCACUUGGCAGAGCUGUGCAUGGCAGGCACUUAGCCCCAAGACGAGCCCUGCUCACUCCCCAUCCACUGCCCCUCUGCAGGGCUGGAGUGUGGCAGGUAGAAAGAGUGUCACUAGGCCUCUGGGGCCUUGUCUGUCUGCCUGGCCCUAGGUCCCUGCCCAAGGCUACCUGAGUUUCGUCCUCCCCAUGCCAUGCUGUUCAGAUAGACUUCUCCCCACCCCCCAGACAGAAGCACAAGCACUCUAAAGUGACUGGAGCUAGAACGCAGCUCAGGUCUCCCCUUGGGCCCCUUUGCCAAGCAGCCAAGGCCCCAACCCAGUGGCCACACAACUCUGCAGAAGUUGUGGAGAGUGAGGAGGCCUCCUGCCUCUGCCUACUAAGUGGGGACACCAGGCCAACCACAGGAUCUCUAAAGACAGCGCCCCUAGGGGGAGGGAGGCGCCAGGAGGCUGUCAAGCUGAGAUCUCUCACUGUGGGACUGGGCACCCUGCCCAGGAGCCAGGCUCUCAAGUGGUGGUAGCUAGUACUGGUACCUGAUGGCCUCUGUGUUGAAUGUCCUGAAAUACUAGAAUUGUCCGCACAUAGUUGUUGCUGUUUGUGGGGCAUAGGUAUGGAUGCCUGAUCUUGGGUUCUGUCACCAUUUGAAAUCAACAUUUCCUUUUUCAAAUCACUGUUGGUGCCUAAUCAAAUUUAAGUUAUUAAUUUAUUUGGUUUUCUUUCUUUGAGGAAAAAAAAGUCUUUGUAACAUGUAUUUAUCCUGUGGGUAAUUCCAGGUGGGUGGGGAUGGGCACAUCGGAUGAGCCCGUUUUGGCUGGAGGUACACUUGGUACAGGCCCACGAGGGCCUCCUUACUGUGGUUUUGCAUCAGGAUAAUAAUAAAGUCCAUUAGAAGCAA